AUGGGCACAUCCCUACCCACACCCGUGCGGCCCGUGCGGAUGCAAAAAUCCACCUCCGAGGAUCUCACCUAUGUCCCCACGGAUGGCUUCAUCGGCACUGAUCGACUGCAAGCUUUCGUGCAGAGUCAAAGGCUUCAAGCGGCCUCAGAGCAAACGCAGAGUGCGCAAUUGAAUAUGACGAUCCAAGUGCAGUUGCAGGAGCCAAGAGUCUUUGAAGACUCGGUGACGGAUCCAAGCAUCGAGAUACAUGACCUGAAGACUUUGGCUCCUUCAGGCGUCCCCUUGGCGAGCGCUCUGACCGAGAACGAUGGGAGCAGCAGGACAUGCUUGAGGGCAUUGGAGCCCUACACCUGGAUCAACGAGAGCCUUUCCACACAGCAUUUCGGCCAAACGGAUCAAAUUCUGGGAACACUGCGAAGUCAUGUGAUUGAUAUGACCAUUCCGCGCAUGCCCUGUGACCUCUGGCUUCUCAUCAACUCCAACGGCACCAGUAUGGAGCAACUGAGUUGUGAGGACGAAGGCUGCACGCUGCGUCCAGCGCACAUGGCGGACCAAUGCUUGACUUUCAUCACAGGACCGGUGUCUGCGCUGCACAUGGACUGGGAGCUCGUGGGCACGGCCUUCGACUACACCAGCUUGGCGGGCUCCAAUGGCCGAUUCUGCGUGCAAACCCUGAAUGGCCUGGAGGGGUGUUUUGACACCUUGGUCAUGGAGGUGAUUUCGCAGCUGUACUAUGGCCGCCCAACAUACACGCCAUUGGUGGUGGGAGUACCCCCGUUGAACUGCAGCGGCUUCGUGGAUAUGAUGGCCCUGCCGGAGGAAAACCUCACUCUAAAUGAGAACGUCACAGACUUCCAGUUGGCAAGAGAUCGGUGCAUGGGAUCUCUGAGCUGCGAAUACAUCUUCGACCCUGUGGGCAUUAUCGACCCUGCUCCGGAUUGUAUCAAGGAACUUGUGGUUAACUACACUUGCCCCAAUCAUGAGAUGUUCCAGAGCAGCACGCUGGUCUAUCCAGGACAGGAGCAAAUGGUGACGGACACUGAUGUCGAGACCGACUAUGGGUCUGAACAACCGUCUUCGCCAACGUCGCCGACCUCACCCACUUCCACCAACACUGAAGUGCAUAUCCGACUUGAUGAAGAACAACCCAAGACCUUGACCAAGAAUCAGAAACGGCAGCUCGAAGAAGAACUCAAUGAGCUUGGUGAGCAAGACCAAGCAAUGUGGUCUCAACUUCAGUCCACUCCUCGACGUGGACGUCCCGUGACCUUCUUGCCUUCGGUGGAGCCGCUCGCGGUGCAUGGUUCCUUGGGAUCGGGCAGCUUUCUGCUGCAAAGCAGCAUCGACAUGCGGCGGCUGCGGCAGUUGACCAGUUGCCCCAGCCCAGAGAUCAACGCCACCCUUCCCAUGGAAUCCUUUGAGACCCUGGUGGACGGAGCUCCGGUGGCCUUGUCGGAAUUCGCUCAGCACCUUCGCUACUUACCUGCUAGCCACUGGUCUGGCAGUGAGCCCGUGCGGCUCAUGCUCACCGCUGCUGACGACCCCUCAGUGGUCCAUGGCACUGCCGAAAGCUGGGCCGUGGUCGAGCGUAAGAACGAUCAUCCCAACAUCACGGCCCAUCAGUUGGAGUUUCAGGUGGCCACUUCGAUUGGUCGCUUGUACUUGGAUCCGUCCUUCCUCCUGGCGCCUCUGGGCACCUUGGAGCCACUGCAAGGUCGCUUGGAUGGCGACUUCGCGCUCCGCGUGCGUGGCAGCGGUCACGACCUGCAAGCCUUUGUGGACAAUCUGAGAUUUGCUUCGGAGGCACCAGCCAAGCCGAGCCUGGCCACACGCCCGCUGAAUGCGUCAGAGACGGAGGCGAUCAUCUCCUACGUGCUUUCAGACACCAUCACCCCACAGGCAGGUGCUCUGCGGAGGCACCAGGUGGCUGGGAAGGUGGUGGAUCCCGAGACGGAUGAGCCGGUUCAGGGGGUCGAAGUGGUGCUUAUCGCACAGGACACCUGGCAUGACUAUCUGGGUUACAAUCUUGCCACUGGCUGCAGCCGGGAGCUUUUGGGCUGGACUGUGGCGGAUUGCAAGUCCUAUGCCGAGCAGCAGGGGCAUCCGGGAUUCACCUACGGCUUGUCCAGCACUGGAGGAGCGCAAGCGUGUUGCUUCAAGAGCGAAGAUGUGGACUUGAUCCUCAUGAACUUGGUGGCUGACUUGAACGUGAACGUCUACAUCUUUCAGCCCGGUGGCUACUUCGUGCGGACCACGACUUCAGCCUUGGGGAUGUACACAGCCUUAAUGCCCACAGGGCCGGCAGACAUUUACUUUACCAAAGCAUUGAGGAACACGCGGAACCUGAGCAUCGUGGUGACCGGGAAUGUGAAUGACAACAUCCAAGUGGGUGGUGCUGCAGACAUCUAUCUGCCAGCCUUAAAUGUGGUUACCAUCUGGCGCUUUGAGGUCGAUUGGAUUUCCACCGCCCCAGUGGACUUGGAUGCUCAUGCCUUUGAUGCCUGGAACUGCCACGUGUACUUUGCCAAUCGGCUCUGUCAGCACGAUGGGAGCCACGGCCUCACAGUGACGCUCACACGUUCCAGCCGUGAUCUCCUCAUUGGCAAGGAGAUCAUCACUGUCCACCAAUGGCCAUGUGACAGUACCCAAGCGACGAUCGGAGGAUAUCGAGACAUUUGGAGCUGUUCCUUGCAGAGAUUUUGA